UAGAUGCAGUAAAAAUGUUUAUGGGGUUGAUCCGCCGGGCAAAACUUGUGUUAGCUGUGAUUUUGGUGCAGCUCGGGUAUGCUGGGCUUUCGAUAAUCUCAAUGUUUGCUCUAAAGAAGGGAAUGAGUCCUUACACAUUCAUCGUGUACCGAAUGGCCAUUGCCACUAUUGUUCUAACUCCAUUUGCAUUCAUUUUGGAGAGGAAUUCAAGACCUCAGAUGACUUGGUCCAUCACUGCAAAGAUAAUGUUGCUGAGCCUUUUCGACCCUGUGCUUGACCAGAACCUGUACUACAUGGGAAUGAAGAAUUCGAGUGCAACGUUCACUUCUGCAAUGUGCAAUAUGCUGCCUGCUUUUGCAUUUUGUCUAGCCUGGAUUUUUAGGUUUGAGAAGGUUAGCCUUAAGAAACUGCACAGCAUAGCAAAGGUGAUGGGGACGGUCAUCACAGUCGGGGGAGCAACUAUCUUGACUCUAGUUAGAGGUCCCUCUUUGUGUCUACCAUGGGCCAAUGAAGAAGAAAUAAAUCCUCAACAAUCUGCGCAAUACUAUUCGGGUCAGAGAGACCUUGUGAAGGGAGCUCUAUUUAUCUCAGGAGCUUGCUUCUGCUGGUCUUGGUUUGUCAUUUUGCAAGCAAUUAUCUUAAGAUCCUACCCUUGUCAGCUCUCUCUCACAGCAAUGAUAUGCUUUUGGGGUAUGGUGGAAGGAGCAAUACUGGCUUUUGUAGUUGAAAGGGGACAUAGUGGAGUUUGGUCCAUACAAUUCAACAUCAAACUUGUAGCAGCAUUUUAUGGGGCAAUGCAAUCUGUUGUUGCUUAUUAUGUGAUGGGAAUGGUAGUGAAGGAAAAGGGACCUGUUUUUUACUCGGCUUUUAAUCCCGUGGCCACAGUAAUGGUUGCAAUCCUGGGUUCCUUUGUUUUAGCAGAACAAUUGUACCUUGGGAGGUAGGCUCACAUGUAUUGAUUUCUCUUUGAUUGAUUCAUCCAUGCCUAUAUAUGCAUGACAGUUGAU